AUUACUUAUUUAGGUAUAAUAAAAAUUAUGAAAAUUUAUUUAAAUAAAAUAAUAAAAUUUAGAGGCGUUUUUUAAUUUAUCAGGCCAAAUAUUUUGAACUUUCCUUCCAGGUGAAUAAGUCAUUAUCAAUACCUACCGGCAUUGAAAAGUCCAAGCCUCCACGGCUCUAAAUCAUCAAACAACUGUACUACAUAAGGAAAUGAAGUUCUAUGAAAGAAAAUAAGUAGGAGAAAUCAUGAGUGAUAUUAAACAUAGAAGGGUCUGGACCAAUGGAAUUUGGAUGCAUAUAGCAGAGAAAGGAGAAGAAGGACCUGUUGUACUCCUUAUUCAUGGUUUUCCUCAGCUGUGGUCCUCCUGGAAGUAUCAGAUGAAUCAUUUGGUUGACCAUGGCUUUCAUGUUGUUGCGCCAGAUAUGAGAGGCUAUGGUGACUCGGACUGCCCCGAAAACCCAGCCUCUUUCACAGUUCUCCAUCUUGUUGGAGAUUUAAUUGGCCUUCUUGAUGAGCUUGGCAUAAAACAGGCAUUUGUGGUGGGACAUGAUUGGGGUGCACAAGUUGCAUGGCACCUUUGCCUCUUCAGGCCAGAUAGAGUUAAAGCCCUGGUAAAUUUAAGCGUGCCUUACUUCCCACGCUCACCAAAAAUCAAACCGAUCAAGUUCAUGACUGAAACAUUUGGAGAAGGUUUCUACAUUUCCCAGUUCCAGGAGCCAGGAAGAGCUGAAAAAUCAUUCUCAAAAUACGACUCCUUGACGAUACUUAAGAAGUUUUUGUUCAUCAACGCCCCUGAUCUUCUAGCUGCUCCUCCUGGUGUUGAAAUUAUAGAUUUUCUUGAGACCCCACAUUCCUUGCCUGAUUGGAUAACCCAGGAAGACCUUGAAUUGCAGGCAAUCAAAUUCCAAAAAUCUGGUUUUACUGGUACCCUGAACUACUACCGUGCCAUGGACAUGAACUGGGAGCUUCUUGGACCAUGGCAAGGAUCAAAAAUUACUGUGCCUACAAAAUUCAUAGUUGGUAACAAGGAUACAGGGUUUGAAUCAUUUGGAACAAAACACUAUAUUCAAGGAGAAGAAUUUAGGAGCCUUGUCACUGACCUUGAAGUUGUUGUCAUCGAUGGACACCAUUUUAUCCAGCAAGAGAAAGCUGAACAAGUUACCGCUGAAAUUCUAUCCUUUUUUCAGCGAGAAAAUCUCUUGUGACCAAGAAUAAUUCAUAGUUUAUUAUAACUAGGGUUUCUUCAUUACAAAAUUUUCUACUCUUACUUGUUCAAACUACCAUUUAGAUAAAACAUUUAAUGGACUUCUUAUAUUUUUCCA